AUGGAGAAGACACAGCGGACCUUGCGAGUUCUUAAAUUAUGCGCGGAGGCAAACAGCAGAGAGGGAUGCCCUUCGAGAAUCUCUAUCCCGUCGAGAGUCUGCACGAAGAAACACCUGAGGAGCACGCCGACCAAGAAAUUCUACUCGACGCGGGCCUCGAGCGCAGAGUACCAAGCAAAACCGAAUCUACCACUGGGGACGACCAGCAGGGCGUUACUCCUGGCCGGGGCACUCGCGUCCCUCGGCUAUGCUGUGGGCGUCAACGACGCAGGAAGUCAUGCGGAUGAGCUCAUUCCGCGGAAGCCCAAGCCUCCUACAUACGCGAGCAAGAUGGAGCUGGAGAAGGCCAUCACGGAGCUUCGGGAACUGCUGGGCGAGGACGCUGUCAGCACGGAUGACGACGACCUCAAGGACCACGGCUACUCCGAAUGGUCGUCGAUCAAUAUCGACCAAUUGCCCGUUGCUGUGGCAUAUCCCAAGAGCACGGAGGAAGUCGCCCACAUUGCGAAGAUCGCCUCAAAAUACAGAGUGCCCAUGAUACCUUACUCGGGCGGCUCCUCUCUCGAAGCGAACUUUUCGGCCCCGUUCGGCGGGUUCAGCAUCGAUUUCGCCUUCAUGGACCAGAUCCUGGCCAUCCACGCCGACGACAUGGACGUCGUGGUCCAGCCGGCGGUGCAGUGGAUGGAGCUGAACGACAAGCUGCAGCAUACAGGCCUGUUCUUCCCCGUCGACCCGGGACCAUCGGCCAAGAUCGGAGGCAUGGUCGGCACCUCCUGCAGCGGCACAAACGCCUUCCGCUACGGCACCAUGAAAGACUGGGUCAUCAACUUGACAGUCGUCCUGCCCGACGGGCGGAUCAUCAAAACCAGACGGCGGCCCCGCAAGACGUCGGCGGGCUAUAACCUCACCGGCCUCUUCGUGGGCGCCGAAGGCACCUUGGGCAUCGUCACGGAAGCGACGCUCAAGCUGGCGGUCAUCCCCCAGGAGACCAAAGUCGCCGUCGUGACGUUCCCGACCAUCCGCGACGCGGCCGCCUCGGCCAUGCAGAUCAUCCGGGCGGGCGUGCCCGUGGCGGCCAUGGAAAUCAUGGACGACGUCCAAAUGUCGGUCAUCAACCGCGCCGGAGGCACGAACCGCACGUGGAAGGAAGCCCCCACCAUCUUCUUCAAAUUCUCCGGCACGACGGCCGGUGUGGCAGACAACAUCAAGACGACCACUGACAUUGCGAAGAAGAACCACGCCGGCGACUUCAUCUACGCCAAGGACGAUCGGGAAGCCCACGACCUGUGGAAGGCCCGGAAGGACUCCCUGUGGAGCAUGCUCUCGUUGAGGCGCGAAGGCGACGAAGUGUGGUCGACCGACGUGGCCGUCCCGAUCUCGAGACUCCCAGACAUUGUCGAAAUCACCAAGAAAGAAGUCGAUGACCUGGGUCUUUUCGCCAGCGUGCUCGGACACAUCGGCGACGGAAACUUUCAUACAUCGGUCCUGUACAACCGCAACGACCCCAAGGAGAGAGAGCAGGUGGAGCGCGUCGUGCAUAACAUGGUGGAUCGAGCCCUUGAAAUGGAAGGCACAUGCACCGGCGAGCACGGCAUCGGCCUAGGCAAGAAGCAAAGCCUAGUCUCCGAGCUUGGAGUCGAGACAAUCAGCGUGAUGCAGACGUUGAAACGAAGUCUAGACCCGCACUGGCUGAUGAACCCGGGCAAAAUCUUCGAUGCUCUUGGCGUGGAGGACACAAAGAGCCAGCCUGAGGCCACGGCGGCGUCCACCCUGGCACGACCGACGGAUAAGUGA